AUGGUUUCGGGCAGCACGAGGGUGAUUCAAGUCACCAACAUAGCGCCCCAAGCCACCAAAGAUCAGAUGCAGACCCUUUUUGGCUAUCUAGGCAAGAUUGACGACAUCCGACUAUAUCCAACUAUCAGAGACGUGUCCUGCCCCGUGCAGUCUCGAAUAUGUUAUGUAAAGUAUUACGAUUCGGCAACCGUUAAUGUAGCUCAACACAUGACCAAUACUGUGUUCAUUGAUCGAGCUCUGAUAGUCAUUCCCAUGCAAUCAGGGGAGAUUCCUGAUGAACACAAAGCCUUAGAAAUGUCAAGCAAUGGUACACUAGUACCGGGCUUGAGCACUGUGGAGCCUCGCUUGCCGGCACAUGUUAUAAACACGUUAGACGGUCUACCUCCAAACCAAGUGAUACAAACUCAUGAUCCUAAGAUGUUAGCAGCUGGAUUGCCUCCAUAUCCACCAAUACCUGCUGCGUACGACUCUAGAAAAAUAGAGGAAAUUAGACGAACAUUACUAAUAGGAGAUAUUGGUUCUUUAACAUCACAACAAUUGAUAGAUCAUUUCUGUCAAGCUGGUGAGGUUAAGUACUUGCGAUUUGUUGAACGAGAUGCAGACAAACAGAAAUAUGCAUUAAUUGAGAUGACUGAACAAGAGACAGUCUUAAAAGCUCUACAGCUCAAUGGCUCUACUGUAGAUGGGCAAACAAUCAAGGUACACCAUGCCACUCAAGCUAUUUGCAAGCCACAAACCAAAAGCAAUGAGGCAGCACAGAGAGAGAUAGAAGAAGCCAUGUGCAGAGUGAAAGAAGCCCAAAAUUUAAUAUCUGCUGCAAUUGAUCCUGUUAUAGGACUACUUUCCAAAGACAAGAGGAGGACGCGGUCUCGGUCACGCUCUCGCCGGCGUUCAAGAUCGCGGUCACGUCGCUCACGUUCACGUCAUCGCUCCAAGCGCUCACGUUCACGUUCUCGUCACCGCUCCCGGCGUUCUCGUUCGCGUCAUAGACACCGAUCUCGAUCACGAUCUCGCCAUCGCAGCUCCCGUCGUUCUCGUUCUAGAUCGCGACACCGCAGCUCGCGUUCAAAACGUGAUCGUUCUCGUGACAAAGACAAAGAUCGUGACCGUAAGGAUAAGAAAGACUCUAGUGAAAAAGAUAAAAAGGAAAAGUCUAAGUCACCACCCAAAGAUGUCGAAAAGGAGGAAAAAGCAGAAAAGAAACCAGAAACUGUGGAAACGAAUGGCAAUUCUGCUGAAGGGAAAUCAAAAGCAUCGACUCCGGCUGACGAUAAACCAGAAAAAGAGAUUGAGAAAGACAAAGACAAAGAAAAAGAAAGAUCACCUUCAAAGAAAAGAGACCGUUCGAGAUCUCGGGACAAAAAGCGUGACCGAUCUCGGUCGCGCCGCAGGUCUCGCUCGAGGUCACGGAGAAAGCGCUCACGAUCCCGUAAAAGGUCUCGUUCUCGAGAGAGAAAAAGGUCUCGAUCGAGGGACAGAAAAAGGUCGCGGUCACGAGACCGGAAACGCUCUCGGUCAAGAGACCGUAAAAGAUCCAGGUCAAGAGACAAGAAGCGGUCCAGAUCUAGAGAUAAAAAGCGUUCUAGGUCACGCGAUCGAAAGCGUUCUCGAUCAGGCAGUCAUCGAUCUAAGAGUCGUUCUCACAGAGAUUCUAAGACGCCGCACGAUCGUAAAUCUCGUGACCAUAGUCCAAAUCUGUCUGUUAUUGAGGAAAAGGAUAUUUCUACUAUAGAAAAUAAACUUACGGACGUUAACGAUGAUAAAAAUUCGCCAGAUAAUAUGGAUAUAUCUAAUUCCCCGUAG